CUCACUAAAGUGCCAAAACGCUGUGCGAUCACAUUACUACAGGAGUGCAUAGAGAGAUAUAUCCUUUCACCCUCACUUAUUUUAUCAGAUGGAUGGGCGGUAUAUACUUAUACAAACAUAAAACUGAUGAGAUACAGAAUCUAAAAAAAACUCUAUUGUUAUUCAACAAAAUUUUGUUAAUCCAAAUGAAGCUAAUGUUCACACACAGACUGCUGAGAAUAUGUAGAUGCGCGGAAACAGAAAAGAAUAUUUGGCCCAAAACGCGAUAUUUGUCCUUCAUUUUUGCAUGAAUACAUGAUCAUGUCCUGCAAUCGUUUUCAUGGAGAUGAUAUAAAAUCAAUGUACGAAAAGAAAACAGUUAAAAUUGUUUACAUUUUCCUAUUAGAAAAAUUAUUAAAUUGUUUACAUAUUUUUAUUUUAAAAAUGUUGUCUUUUACAUAUGUGUUGAAAUUAAAAAUGUCAUAAAAAACAAUUCUAUUUAUUUGGAUAAGUAAAAGAAUUCAUCUCAUCAAUAAAACAAUAACUGUUUAAAUAACACUUCAAAUCACAUUUGUUUGAGAGUCAUUGUGUUAUGUUAUUUUUUCAUUAUUUUUUUUUCUUUCAAUAGUUAUGUGUGCUAAAAAUAAAUGAAAACAAGGACUGAUUGUUUCUCAAGGAUUUAUUUCUCUGAAAAAUGGCAGAAGCUCUUAUUUCAUCUCCAGAAAUUGAAGAAAGGUAUUUAUUUAAGAGAAAUACUUGUUAGGCUUCUUUAAAAAUUUUAAAUUAUAAAUAUGUUAGGUUUCAUCAUUCUUUCCCUUAUUGUUCCAUUCAAUUACUUGGUAUAAAUGAUGCUGGAAGCAAUGUCAAUUUAAUAUCUGCAAAAAAACGACAAAAACAAGAACAAAUUCUGUACAUAAACUGAAAGGGACACAAUCAAGAGAUAACAUUGAUACAAUUUUCUUAUACCGGUAGCAUAAAGAAAAAAACAACAGAAUUCUGCUGUAGUGACCCUUGUACUAAUGCCAUUAAAUUUAGCUCUAUCUGUUAUAUUGACAAUGCAAAGCUGAAAAGUGUGACAUGAUCUUUUAAGUAUUUUUUUGUCAAGGAUUCAUUAAGAUGUAUUUAUUUGUGGAUUAAUUGUCACAUUGAUAUAACAUUGCGUUGCAACUCACUUAAAAUUUAAAAGUGGGUAUUAUGUCUUUAAACAAUUUAAAAUUUAUAAUAUAUACAUGGGUGUGACACACUGAACUUCUGCACACUGUUAAAAAGCUGUAAAAUAAAUACAAUUAAUAUUAUACUAUUGAAAACAGUAACAUUUAUUGUAAAAUUAUCCUUAAUAAGAUAAGAUAAGAUGAUUCUUUUAUUGAUCCAAAUAAAUGGGAAUGUUUUUUUUUUUAUUACAUUUUACACAUUCAUUUCAGCAUAUAAUAAAUAAAUACAUAUUUUAACUGAAACAAAAUUUACACAUCUUUAAGUCAUUCUCUAGCACAAAAAUUGGCCACUAUAUACCCAAAUAAUAUUAUGAAAUGAACUCCCUUAGUGACAAAAAUUACUAAAUUAGUGAUCAUUUAGAGUUGGUAUCUGUUGGGGGAGAAUGCUUGUAUAUUCGUACUGACAGGAGAACAAAUAACUUUUAUCUUUUUGUCCUAACUUUAAAAAAAAGAAUUUGCCCUGAUCCAGCUAAUCUUAUGUAAUAGAGUUGACUUUCUAAAUCCAUUGGGGUGUUGGCCUAUGAAAGGUUGAAGAAAAUCUGAUUAAGCUAAUCAGCUGAGAUUUGAAUUUUGCAUAAUUUUUCUCCAUUUACUACAGGAGAGUAAAAUUUAAAUGUCAACAAUAUGAAGCAGAUGUUAAAGCAUCACAGUGGCCUAUUAUAUAUAGCUCAGAGUACAAUAUUAGUUUCUGUGGCCUUGAAAAGCUACACCCUUUUGAUGCUGGAAAAUGGGGAAGAAUCUUUGAAUUCCUUAAAGGUAAAUACAUGUAACAAGCAUCCCCUGACAAGAAAUCUAUUUUUAAAAUCAUUAGAAACUUUUGGGAAGAGGGAAAGAAAAUAGCUAGCCAUGCUUUUUAAAAUAUUUCAAAAUCAGCAGAUUAUAAAAAAUACAUACUAUUAUUACAAUGACAGUACGUCACUUAUAUCAUAAAAAUAAAUUUUGAUCACCAGUAAUUUUAGACAUAAUAUUAUAUAAUGAGUUCAUGAUAAGAGUCCUUGAGGAGGUUUUACUAGCUAUCUGAUUUACAUUGAAAUUUUAGGAGGGUAAUUUAUGUUAUAUUAGUUCAAACAUUAUAGAUACCAUUUUUGUAAUAUGUAUCAUAUGUUAAUAUGUUAACUUUUGCAGCUGCUGGAAUGUUGAGAGAGGACACAAUUGUAGAACCCAUGGAGGCUACAGAUGAAGAAUUAAAGUUUGUACAUUCUGCAAGAUAUUUAUGUAGCUUGAGGGUGAGUUUAAAAACUGAACUUGUAAUAUAACAGUUUAAACAAUGUGUAACAUGGAAAGAAGGUUGGACUCAAUUAGACUAAAGUUAAAGACACAGACAAUUUGUGUCAGCAAAAAGUAUAGUAAGUCUUUAAAUAAAUGACAAAAUGCACAGAUAUUAAAAAUUUUAGCUUUAAACCUUUAUCAGUAAAACAAAAAAAUACAUUAUUUAAAUUAUAUUUCACAUAAUGUAAAUAAUCUACCUAUUGAUUAAAAAGCAGAGGAAAAGAAUGAGAAAAAAGAGCAUGCACAUUAAAUUGAGGCCUAACUAACUAUUCCGUAACAUUGGAAGCAAUCUUAAAAAAUUGAUGGUAAAAUAUAUGUUACUGGUUACUCCUUUAAGGUCAGAUUUAUUUCAAUAUAUUUAAAGAGUUUGAACUGUCACUCUUUUGAGAGACAUGGGCUACUAUUAACGAUCAAAAGUUUUCGAUAAAAAUAUUCUAUACUAUAACUAUGAAUUUUCCUUUUUAUAAUUUUCUUUCUUACACUAUCUUUCAAUUUAAUUAGUAUAAUGAAUGAACUCUCUUUUUCUAUUUACCCUGGCUUGGAACUGUCUGGAUGUAUCCAUUCAAAAUUGAAAAUAUAAAAUCUCAUUCUUUUGCAUGAUGAUGAUAGCAAAAGUGAUUAAUUACAGUUUGUUUCUGUUUUGGUGAAAAGUUUUGAUUCUGUGUAUUCCAUUCACAAGGCAAAAUUGAAUCAAACUCCACUCUUGAUUACAACUAUGCUUAUUAUAAUACACUAUUAUCUAUAGCUGACUAAUAUUGUGGAGGGGAUUAAUGAGGUAUUUUCUUCAUCCAUGUUGUCAUAGAUAUGUCACUGUAUUUUUUACAUACGCUAUUUGAUUUCAUCAACAUUGUGAUUGAAAAAAAUCCAGUACUCUCUGCAUGUAAAUUGCUUUUAAAUUAAUUUGUAAAAUUAUUAUUAUUGUUAAAGAAUAUAUUUUCUAAAUGACAAACACAUUUGAUAUUCUAAAAAAUACAUUUUAAAUAAAUUACAGAAAUAAUACACUGCUGAAAAAUUCAUAAAGUUCUUAAAAGGUUCUUGAGUAGUAAUUUUCAAAAUGAGAUGUAUAUAGUCUUUCUUUAAAAUGAUCUUUUAGUUUCUUUUUCUAAGUAAAUGAAUAUCUCAUCAAUAAAAUAUCUUCCUUGGGAAAUAUCAUUUCAUUUGUUCCAUUGAUGAUAAAUAGCAGACAAUAGCACUGCAACUUACUUUCAAAGUUUGGUAACAUAAAAACAGUUAGUUAAUAACACUGGGACUUAGUUUCAUAGCUAGUUUUUUAACAGAAUUAUAGUUAAUAACCACCUCCCUUUAUUUUUUAGUACCAUGUUGUUUUUAUUUUGUCUCUUUGAUAUUCUUAUAUUAUACAUUAUUUUUUACAAUAAUUUAUUUUAUUACAAACAAGAAGCAUUGAGUUUGAAUCUCUCUAAGAUCAAAAGAUCAAAAAAGGAAUAUAAAAUUGCAUACAGAAGUAUUAUUCAAGAUAUGUUUUAAGUAAUGAAUGAAACUGAAGGAGAAUUAAAAGAAAAAAAUACUGAAGAAGUUGAAAAAUGAUUACUAUUAAUCUAUCUGUAUGAAAUAAUGUUUUAAAAUUAUUAUUUAAACUUAAAUAAAGUUAGAUGGCAAAUGUGAGGACAUAACACCUUCCCUAUCUACAUAGUAUUUUGUCAAGUAAAAAUAUACAUUUCCAAUCUUGCUUUUUAAAUUUAUGAUGUUGUCUUGUAUGUUUUGUUUUUAAUGAAUUCCUUUCACUGCUUUUUUAUGUGUUGAACAAAUCGAAAUACAGAAUCCCUAAAACAGUUUUUUGGACGGAUACAUCCAACAAUAUAUCCACUGCAUAUACCAUGUCAGGGGGCUUUGAUAUCCUGCAUGUGUAGUGUGUUACACGGAGCUUUGUUUUAAUAGAUGUUUUAUUUAUCUUAAAAAGCAUUAUUUUUAGGUUUGGUUUACUCAAGUCAUUCAUAUUGGAAAUCGGCAAUAAAAAACCUGAGAGAUCUAGAGCAAUUUAAAAAAUAAAUAAUAUUUUUUUCAAGUAUAUUCUUUUAUAUCAUUGGGAAUAAAAUGUUGACAUAAUUUAUAAAUCCUUUAAAUGGUGUUUGAUUGUAAAGACAACAUGAAAGUUAAUUUAUGCUGCUUAUCAUACUGCAUAUUCUGUCGCAAAACGAAGGGAGUAGAUUGGAUUGCCUCAAAUAAAAGUAUUAAUGGAUCUUCUCUUGAGCACUAGGUAUAGAGGUUUUCUGAGAUGAAAUUGAUGUUAUAGUCUGAUGUGUUAGCAUUACGUUAUAGAAAAAUGUUUUGUGCAUUAUUUGGUAAAGAAAAACAACAGCAAAUAAAGCAAAAUGAUACGAUCAAGAAACAUCUUGUAUGUUUCAGUUAAUUGCUUGCAUUUUUUCUCUAUUUCAGUGGAGCUUAACUGUAGCAGGAAUAACAGAAAUUCCACCAGUAGCUUUGUUGCCAAACUUUUUAGUGCAGAGAAAAGUGCUUAGGCCAUUUCGCUAUCAGACAAGUGGAACAAUCAUGGUGUGUAGGUUUUUGUUGGUCCCCCUGCUUCUCAAGGAAAGUUUUGACCUAAUAGAGCUAAUUUCCAGAUGUUGUAACUGGAUUAUUACCUUGAAAUUUGAAAUUAAAUUUAAAAAAAAUAAAUCUCUUUGCUUUUUUUCUCCAGAUAGUCAUUUGCUACAAGAUGAAAUUAUUAAUGAUUACACAUUUUAUGUACUAGAAUAGUUUAUAAUUAUAUUGUUAAUUGAAAACCUUAUAUUUUAUGAAGAGAAUGUUGAUUGAUAUUACGCAAUUAGAAAUACAUAAGAUAUCAUUACUACUUAUGACUGAGUGGUGUAUUGUUCCCUCCAGGCAGGCAAGCUGGCACUGGAGCGUGGUUGGGCCAUCAACAUUGGAGGAGGCUUCCAUCACUGCUCAUCAGACAGAGGGGGAGGUUUCUGUGCCUAUGCUGACAUCACUCUGUCUAUUAAAUUUGCCUUUGACAAGAUUGAAGGUGUGUCUAAGGUCAUGAUCAUAGACCUGGAUGCUCACCAGGUAUUACAGCUCAUAUGCUUGUUAUUAAAGGAAAGAUGAGAAAAUAGAACCCCCUCUACAACAUAGGAGCCAAAAUAAUUCAUAGAUUAAUCAUGGGCCCUCAAAUUAUAGAAGAAGAAAUAAUAUGCUAUUUUUAAAAAUUAUUUAAAGUUAAAAGUAUCUGUUUAAAAUAAAUUUUAAUAGUUGUUAAAGUUAAAAGGAUAUUUAGGAUGCAAUAGUGAACCAUUAUCCAAAGUAUAGCAACUAAUUAAUGUAAAAAAUCACUCUUUAUACAGACCUAUUUACCUUCAAACUUUUAAAAUCCUUCAAUAUCAUCAAAAAAUCAUUCAAUAAAUUAUCUUAAUAGUAAAAAAAUAAACAUACAGUAUAUAUAAUGUAUACACCUCAAAAUUGUACACUGUACCCCAAAAUCAUAAGAGUAAACAGGUCUGUUAAUAUAUUGUAUGGAAGUGGUCGAUCUGGCAUUUAUUAUUUCAAUAGACAAAGAAUUUCCAAAAAAUGGCUUGUUCUUACCUUGAGAGCAGGAAGGAGGAAACUCGGAAAAAUCCCAAACUUGUUUGCUAUAGGAUGGAUUAAAAAUAUGUUAAUGUUGUCAUGAUUGGGAACAAACCAGAAUUAAUUAAUCUGAGCAUAGAGGCUAGUUUUUAAUUACUUUGCUCGUGCUGUGCAUGGAUUGUUAUGUGAGAUAAACAUUCUGUAGUUUUAUUGAUAAACAUGAAUGAUUUUUUAUCUCUCACUUCACAGGGCAAUGGGCAUGAACGAGACUUCAUGGAUGAUGCCAGAGUGUUUAUUCUUGACAUUUACAACAGGGAUAUCUAUCCUCAUGAUGGCUUUGCUAAACGUAAGAAUAAUUGUUUUAUGCUUAAUCCUGUUUUGAAAUGUAUUUAUUGUUCACAAAUUUUACAGUAGAAUUUAUUUUACAGUUCAUAUAUUAACUAGAUGAUUUUUAUUAGUAAUUUUCAAUUAUUCAAAGUUGAAAAUAUUUUAUGAAAAAAUAAAUCGUGUUUAACACAACGGUUUCAAUUUAUUUAAUAAUAAAUAAGCAACAAAGAUUCCACACCAUUGUAAAACUGAAAUAGAAAUGACGGUAACAGGUAUUUGUUCAAGUAAAAAAUAAAGGACUAUUAGAAUCUCUCAUGAUUAAAAAAUUUAAUGACUUUCUUGAAAGAAAAGCUGAUGAAAAUCUUUUGGUGCUGAGAAUGGGAAAAAUUGAUCAUGUUGAAUGCAAAAAUUAUUGACAUUUUUUUAAUGUGGAAAACCCGUCCAAAAGUGACAGACCUCCAUUUUAUUUCUCAUAAUCAUUCCUCAUAUACUCAAUGUUUCAGGAGCCAUAAGACGUAAAGUGGAACUGAGAUGUUACACAAACAACGAAACGUACCUAGAACAUGUGAGAAGGUAAUCAUCAUCGUUCAGAUCCAGUGGCCAUUUGGACACACGCCCUCUGGCCAUGGUGAGAUCCAGUGGCCAUUUGGACACGUGCCCUCUGGCCAUGGUUGAGAUCCAGUGGCCAUUUGGACACGCGCCCUCAGGCCACGGUGAGAUCCAGUGGCCAUUUGGACAUGUGCCCUCUGGCCACGGUGAAGAAUGUACACACUCUCUGCAGCUGUUCUUUGUUGGUUCUGUCUGGUAUUUUAAAAAUAAGGGCUCGCAGUAAAUUGAAUAAAGCCAGAAUUAUACAUUUUUUACCAUUAUUUCACUUUUAUUUUAUUAAAUUAAUAAUCCUAUAGUAAGAUUGCUGUCAGUCUUACAGCGAGCCCCUGAAACCCAUCAGUCACCAACAGGCCAACACUUCUUUUAAUUUAAAUGUUGUUGCCCGCCAGAAGUAUCAAAAUGAACUUCUUUCUUCAUUCAGUUUGUGCUUUUUUUUGUGACCGUAUGUGCCAGUAUGACAUAAUGGCUCCUAUUUUGGUCUGGUUUUAAAAAAUUGAAUUCAUUUAGUGAUCUUAAAUCUUAGCUAAAUGAAUUUUUUUUAUAAAACAUCCAUGUCAAGAGGCACCUAUACUUCCACUAGCAUUUCUAAUCGUUGCUCUCCGCAUAGGUAUAGAAUGAUGCAAAACUAACUUCAGAUAUAACCCUAAAUGCAUCAAAGUGAUAGUUACCGACACCUUUUUAUCUAAUGUGUCUAUUGUUAUUUCUCAAGUAAAAUUUGUAUAAUUUAUAUAUGUGUGUGGUGACAUGUGUAGCAGUGUUAGCAUUUAAGAAUUGUGUGCAUUGAAAAUAAAUAAAUAAUUCAGUACAUCAUUUAUUUACGACCCACAAAGAGUUGACUCACAAUCAAAGGAUUGACUAGUGAAGACAUUUGGGUUGGCUACCGGACAUUUGUGUUGGCUACUGGACAUUUGGGUUGGCUACCAGACAUUUGGGUUGUCUACCGGACAUUUGGGUUGGACCGGACAAUUGGGUGGGACCGGACAUUUGGGUUGGCUACCGGAUAUUUGGGUUGGCUACCAGACAUUUAGGUUGGCUACCAGACAUUUGGGUUGGCUACCCUUCUGUAGUCUGUAGGAUUGUAUCUUUACACAGUGGUUAAUCCUUACUAAAAAAAUUUUCUAAUUUUGCAUUUCUAAAUUACUCGUAGCCAUCAUGGCAUGCUCACCUUUUUUUUCCAUCUGUUCCAAGUAUUGCGCAAAAACAAAUUCUUGUCGCUCAUCUCCUCUGAAAAUUAGAGGGAACAUUGAUUGUCACAUUUUAAAAAUAAAUCAAUGCCAAUGUAGAGGACAUUUUUUUAGAAAUGAGCUAAUGAGCCAACAUUCAACCCAGUCUGGUCCAGAUCUAGACUUGCUAAAAUAGAUUUUUACAAAUACAAAAAUAACUUUUUUUCUUUCAUUUUCUAAUAACCCAUUUUUCCUUGUUAUAUAAAAGUUAAUUGGCUGCAAUUAUUAAAAUUGUUCAGACAUUAGAGAUUAAAUAAAACUCAAAAGAAAACUUAAGAUAUGUUUUAAAGCAAAAAUUUCAUAUUUUUUUCUAAGACAAUGGAAAGAUCUUACAACUGUCUUCUCUGUUUGAUUUGUGUUGAAUUUUCUGUGCCAUGUAAUUUGUAAAAGGAAAUGAGGGAAAUAAAGUAUUGGAGAACCUGAACCUGAAUGCUAGUAUGCAACAAAACAACCAACAUAUAGGCAAGAAGCCUUCUUCAGCAAACAACUUUGUUUCGCUCAUUUACUUUUAUCAAACCUGAUUGCAGUCUCUCCCACUAAUUACCAUGGUGUUUGUAUUUGUCCAGGAACGUCGAGAGGGCCCUGAAUGAGUUCACGCCUGACUUAGUUGUUUACAAUGCUGGCACUGACAUCCUGGAGGGGGAUCCACUUGGUAGCUUGUCCAUCACACCCCAGGUAAACAAAUUGAUCGAAACAGACUCAUGUAUUAUUUAAUAAACAUAAUACAGCGACUCCCAAGCUUGGCUACACCAGGAACUUCUAAAUGUCUAAUCAUUGUUCAUGGGGGUCAUGCUGCUUAUCCAUGACAGUGAAAAUACCAACCCUAACAGAGCUCUUAUUUUAAAAAUCCUACUUAAGAAAACAAUAAAGUGAAAAUACCAUCUAUAUUGUAUACAUUUAACUCAACAGGGUAUAAUCGAAAGAGAUCAGAUCGUCUUUCAGAAAUGCCGCACACGGGGUCUCCCUAUAUUCAUGGUCACCAGCGGUGGCUACCUGAGGGAGACUGCAAGGAUCGUAGCAGAUUCUAUUCUCAACUUGAGGAAGCUCAACUUAAUCUCAUGUGUGGAGGCAGAGACAGCUCCACUCAUUGAUUCAGAUGGUAAGCCUAGUGGAGGGUUACUUCCCAAGCUCAUUAAUGUUGUGGGUGUUGCUGUUCUCGUUUUAAGUGUUGCUGCUGUGAUAAAUGUUGUUUGCAAUGUGCUCAUAUAGGUGCUUUAAAAUAAGGGUAACUGUAAUGCAUAUUUAUUUAGGGACAAGACAGUAAUUUAACCCACAAACUGUUGUCAGCCGAUUUCAUCGGCAGAUUUUCUCUUCCCAUACUGUGUCGGCAGCACAGUACAGAAUGAUGCAAUGGACAGUUUGUGGGUUAAAGUCAGUAUUUUCACUACUAUUUAUCUGUUAUUUGGUGCAGUUAAGUAAUUAUUUUAUUAAGCUUCUUGCUUAUUCAUUUUUUGGAAUUAAACAAAGCAAGCAGUUGUUUUUUAUUUUACUUCAAUAACUUAAUGUCUUGAAAUCUUUUACACAUUUUUCUCAAAUUAGAUUUUCAAGGAAAAACUUGUCAGUAUUGCAAUGGUGAUGAAAUAUCUUGACAAAGUAAAAAGUUCACAGUUUUAGGGUUCAUUUAUUACUUUGUGUUUUUAAUUCUUUCUAGAUAUGUAAAAAUUAAGUAUAACUGUUUCACUGAAUUUUUUUUUCAUAUAACAUACUCUACCAAUCAUUCCACAUACUCUACCAAUCAUUCCACAUACUCUACCAAUCAUUCCACAUACUCUACCAAUCAUUCCGCAUACUCUACCAAUCAUUUUGCAUACUCUACCAAUCAUUCCGCAUACUCUACCAAUCAUUCUACAUACUCUACCCAUGAUUCCGCAUACUCUACCAAUUAUUCCACAUACUCUACCAAUUAUUCCACAUACUCUACCAAUCAUUCUGCAUACUCUACCAAUCAUUCUACAUACUUUACCAAUCAUUCUGCAUACUCUACCAAUCAUUCUGCAUACUCUACCAAUCAUUCCGCAUACUCUACCAAUCAUUCUACAUACUCUACCCAUGAUUCCGCAUACUCUACCAAUUAUUCCACAUACUCUAUCAAUCAUUCCACUUCCUUAGCUUUUUGAUGAAUUUGUAAUACUAUUUGUUGAAUCAUGUUUUAAAGUUCAGCAUCAUUCUUUUAAAGGCAGUGCAGCUGUUCAUUAAGGUGCAUUUAACGUUGUGUGAUACUUGAUUUGAUGAUUUAAAUUUGUUUUAGCUAAACAUUGUUAUCUAGAUCGUGUUUGCACCACUUUUCCAGUGCCAUGUAGUCUGGUUGACCCCACAUGAGACGGCGUUCGCAUUGGGCGUGGCCGCUGUUUUCCACAACUAUCAACUAAAAAUAACUAAUAUAUUCUAAUAGAAUUUUGGGGAAACUUCGAUAAUUUACUAGAAAAUAUUAUAUAUCAUAAUUAAUUGGCACAUUGUACUAAUUGUGUAGCGGUACAAAAUUUUUCCCAUACUCUGUAAGUUGAUGAUUUGUAAUUAUAUUUCUUUUGUUUUGUAAUUGUAGCAAUACUAAAUUAAAUCUUAUUAAUUGUUAUUGGUACUGUUUUGGGUGUCGUAUUUUUGUUAAUUUAUUUCUCUAUGGUAUCGUCCUUUGUUAGGCACUGUUUGAACGAGCCAUAAAUUCUAUAAGUUCUCACAAUAGAAGCCAGUGUGUAACAACGUGGAGUACUUAACUUUAAAAUCAAUCAUUGUACCCUCUCACGUUACGUAACAUUAACAUUGUGGGGAAAGGUGUUAUAAAACAAGGAUGCAUUUAAAAAAAAAAAAAGUUUUGGUCAGUGGUGUUUUAGAGAUGGUAUCCUGUAUAAAUAAAUAUUAAUGUACAUUUCUCAAUUAAAAAGAAACAUCCAUCAACAUGUUAGACCAGGGGUGGGCAAACUUUUUGUGCCGGGGGUCACGUUGACAAAAGUAAAGCUAUUGGGGGGCCGCAUGUAUAUUGUGUCCAAUUUUUACUUCUUCUUCUUUAUUUUGAGGGCCCACGAUCAAUGAAUUGAUCAUUCUAGCUCCUAUGUUUCAGAGGGGUUUGCGAUGUUACUGUGCAUGGGUUUACAUGUCAGUAUACAUUUCUAUUUAUUAAAAUCGGUAAAUUCGCAUUUUAGCAUUACAUGACAAAAGUCAAGGACUGUUUUAAGAAAUAGAAAAUUAGAAAGAAAUUUGAUCAAAAAUGUUAAAACAAUCCUAACGGUACAUGAAAUUCUGUAAAAUUCAACAAAAUAACUUAAAAACAAAGUAAUUUUUGUGAUUUCUAAAUGGCUUUGAGGGCCACAUAAUAUCAGUUGCCAGGCGGGCCGUAGUUUGCCCACCCCUGUGUUAGACUUUAUUUGACCAUCUCAUUGAACUGAAGGAUUUCUUCAUGGCACUUUGGGCACAAGUUACUGAUUUUUAGAAUAUUCUUGUUAAUUUUGUGUGGCGCAUCUUUCCCCCAUUCUUUAUUCAGCACUUUGUAUUUUGUUCUAAUGGCUCAUUCAAACACUGGAUUUCUCGAUGUGGCAAAUUUCACUGCCAAUUGUUGUGGUCAUGCUACUCCUCCAUGGUGUUUCGGUACUUAUGGUACUUGAAAGAAGGUUAAAAGAACACUUGCUCAUUAUUAUUCCCCUUUGUUUUUAAAGAUUCUGAUCAAUGUGGAACAUCAAUAUGAAGAUGUCUAAUGCAUGGUGAGCUAUUUGCUUUUUGUUUUGUAUAUUCAAACAAUUUAACGUGUGCAUUUAUUGAUAUCUAUUUAUAUGCAGGGGGGGUUAAAAACUUAAUGGCAAGCAAUUUUAAAAUCCAUUGUUUCAUAAGUAGCUGGUUUUUUUUGGGCCCCAAAAUUUCUGUAUAAAAUAUAACAAAUCAACUAUUUAAUAAAUAUUUAGUGACUUUCUGAAGAAGAACUGGUACAAUGUUACUGUUAUAAUGCUGUGCUAAGGUGCUAGUUCAAUAAGAUCAUGGAUGGUGUUCUAAUGGGUUCUAAGCACAACAUUAAAUACCCCUGUUUGUGAUUCUACAAUAAUUAUUGUAAUACCCUCAGGGAAUCUGGUCAGUAUAAAAUGUGCUGUCACAAAAAACUCAUGUUAAAUUUUGUAUUUUCUUGACUGACCUAUGUUUUAAUGAUUAAAUGUUUUGUAAUUGAAAAAUCUCAUAGCCAAUUAUUAAAUGGUAGAGAACCAUAAAACGAUAGCACUUCAAUAGACUACUUUUAGCACUUCAAUAGAUUACUUUAUCAGACGAAAUAGACAGGUGAGGGGGAGAAGUAAUUGACAGGUGUAUUUGAAAUGUAAUUGAAUGGGCAAUGGGGAUAUGUAAUUGACAGGGCAAUGGGGUUAUGUAUUUGACAGGGCAAUGGUGUUAUGUAAUUGACAGGGCAAUGGGGUUAUGUAAUUGACAGGGCAAUGGGGCUAUGUAAUUGACAGGGCAAUGGGGCUAUUUAAUUGAAAGGGCAAUGGGGCUAUGUAAUUGACAGGGCAAUGGGGCUAUUUAAUUGAAAGGGCAAUGGGGCUAUGUAAUUGACAGGGCAAUGGGGCUAUUUAAUUGAAAGGGCAAUGGGGCUAUGUAAUUGACAGGGCAAUGGGGCUAUUUAAUUGAAAGGGCAAUGGGGCUAUGUAAUUGACAGGGCAAUGGGGCUAUUUAAUUGACAGGGCAAUGGGGCUAUGUAAUUGACAGGGCAAUGGGGCUAUUUAAUUGACAGGGCAAUGGGGCUAUGUAAUUGACAGGGCAAUGGGGCUAUUUAAUUGAAAGGGCAAUGGGGCUAUGUAAUUGACAGGGCAAUGGGGCUAUUUAAUUGAAAGGGCAAUGGGGCUAUUUAAUUGACAGGGCAAUGGGGUUAUGUAAUUGACAAAGGCUAUGAUGAGGUUUCAUAAUUGGCACAUAUAACCGAUAUAUUUAUUCGGAACAGAGUAAUUGAGGUUAAAAGGUUUGUUAGGGUUUCCAAAUUGACGUCAUUAAUUAUGUGGUCAACAAAUUUUGAUUGUUGCUUCAAUUGAGUUUCUCAUAAUUGCUUGUUUAUUUUAAAUGGAAAUUAACAUAUCGAUGUCAUGAGUGAUAAAUGUUAUAUUACUAUGACAUACACUUCCUAAUGUUUUCAAUUGCGUUCAUAUAAUGGAUAUCAUAUAUUAAAUAUAAGGGAUGUUAUUUUUUUAUGUUCACUUAUCAAAUUUUUAAACUGGCAAUCAAGUUGUUUCAACUCAAAUUGUCAAAUGUGUUUUUCUCUGGACUGGAUACAACUGAAUGCUCAUGACUAAGAGACAUUAUUAUAGAAUAUUUUAUGAUUUUAAGUAUAGUACAUUUACCGGAUGCUUAGAAUUUAUGUUACUAAGAAUAUUCUAACUGCCAUAUUAACUAUGAAAAUGUUGUAUUCUAAAUCUUUCAGUGCCUUUAACAUCGUUAACGCGAAGUCGAAGUGAUGGUGGAUUGUUUGCCAGACUUAAGCGCUCUUGUUUGUCUCGAGCAUCCAGUUCAAGUCAAAAUAUGUCUGAUCUCGGCAGCCCAGCAGAGCCGCCUUCACCAAGUCAUCCCUGCGGUAUAGAGCUUUCCCUUCCUAAAGACAUGACUGAUCUUGACAGCCCGGUAGAUCCUUCAUUGGAUAGAGGCACAAGCAACACUGCAGCCAUUGACCACUGAGAGGCACAAGCAACACUGCAGCCAUUGACCACUGCUGCAUAAAGGACAGAAAUCUUUUUUUAAGUUCAUUGACCAAAACUGUGUCUUUUUAAAAAUGUAACCUUUUUAUAAAUGUAUUAUCAUUGAACAGUGAUUACCUUUGGUAAAUGUUUAUUUGAGCUGUACAUUCUCCUUGACCACCAGCUCAGUGGGUCAACAUUUCCAUUAUUUCACCAGCACAGUGGGUCAACAUUUCCAUUAUUUCACUGGUACAGUGGGUCAACACUGCCAUUAUUUCACCAGCACAGUGGGUCAACAUUGCCAUUAUUUCACCAGCACAGUGGGUCAACAUUGCCAUUAUUUCACCAGCACAGUGGGUCAACAUUGCCAUUAUUUCACCAGUACAGUGGGUCAACACUGCCAUUAUUUCACCAGCUCAGUGGGUCAACAUUUCCAUUAUUUCACCAGCACAGUGGGUCUACAUUGCCAUUAUUUCACCAGCACAGUGGGUCAACAUUUCCAUUAUUUCACUGGUACAGUGGGUCAACACUGCCAUUAUUUCACCAGCACAGUGGGUCAACAUUGCCAUUAUUUCACCAGCACAGUGGGUCAACAUAGCCAUUAUUUCACCAGCACAGUGGGUCAACACUGCAAUUAUUUCUGUAAGAAGAUGCAAUUACUUCUUAUCAAUAUUUCAUUAUGAUAUUGUCACUGGGUACCAAUAUAACUCGCCAAUCAUGAAUCAAAGCAUAUAUCUUCAUAAUUUUUAUUGCUGACAGCACAGAUGUAGCACCAUUGCUCAAUCACAAUCUCACAAAAUGCCAAACUUCAGUUGCCUUAUUUUAUAAGUAAAUCUUCACUUUACAAGCCUUCAGGCCAUUUUUUGGCAUUUCAAUGAAAUAGGAAUGUAAUAAUAUGGCCACCUUGUUUGAAAAGAAUAAUAAUUUUAAUGCCAGCCAAUAGAGCUCAACUGUUUUAAAAACAUAGUUUUCCCACAAAGCAAACUAAAGUCUCACUUAUAGGGAUUGCCAGACAGAAAAGACCCAGUUGUGUCAUGUACACAAACAGCCAUUGUUUUUUUCAUUUUUUUUUUUCUACACAAUGAUUUUUCAUUUUUAAUCUUAUUCAGAGAAGAAGGUGACAUUUUAAAAAUGAUGUUAUUUUUACCAGUGUAAUUUCCAAUGCAACUUAAAUCCACUGUAAAUUAAUCUCUUUGAGUCUGUGAUGGAAAAUUUGGUACUAUCUAUAAGAAAUUCAUUUUAUUGUAUGCAGAUAGCCCAAAAAAUUGAAAUAAAACUUUGUAUAUAUAUUAUUAUGAAGUCUGGUUACACGUAGGGUUCCUAACAUAUGCUAUUUUAAAAAUGUUGUAUAAUUUAAUGAAUGACUGAGAUGGAAGUGUAGAGGUGGGUACCUAGAGGAUCACUUGAUUUUAACAGAACUGUGAAGUAAGUGGAACAUUAAGGCUAUCCCAUACAAACUUCACAAGUUAUCUGAUUCUAAGGCAACCGUCAAGCUUUGACUAACCAGAAUGUUAUUUUAUCAAGUUUUUUUUUCUGUGCAUGUGACACGUUAUUAGAAGCUCACUACUUCACGGGAGUCAAAAAUGCUGCCAGAGGAAUAAAUAUGAAGCUUGAGGCCUGACAAGUGGCAUUGUAAGCCCAUGACGACAAUGUUUAUUAGGUGCUGUAAGCGUGUGCCGGCAGUGUUUAUUAGGUGCUGUAAGCGUGUGCCAACAGAGUUAAUCUAGUUGCAUUGUAAGCCUAUGCUGACAGUGUUUAUUAGGUGCUGUAAGCGUGUGCCAACAGUGUUAAUCUAGUUGCAUUGUAAGCCCAUGCUGACAGGGUUUAUUAGGUGCUGUAAGCGUGUGCCAACAGUGUUAAUCUAGUUGCAUUGUAAGCCCAUGCUGACAGUGUUUAUUAGGUGCUGUAAGCGUGUGCCAACAGUGUUAAUCUAGUUGCAUUGUAAGCCCAUGCUGACAGUGUUUAGUAGGUGCUGUAAGCGUGUGCCAACAGUGUUAAUCUAGUUGCAUUGUAAGCCCAUGCUGACAGUGUUUAUUAGGUGCUGUAAGCGUGUGCCGACAGUGUUAAUCUAGUUGCAUUGUAAGACCAUGCCGACAUUAUUUAUUAAAUAGCUUUGUAAGCCUUGCCAGCAGUGUUUAGUCAGUGGAAUUGUAAGCCCAUCCUGACACUGUUGGUUAAGUGACAUUGUAAGCCCAUGCCGACAGUUGUAGUUAAGUGACAUUGUAAGCCCAUGCCGACAGUUUUAGUUAAGUGACAUUGUAAGCCCAUGCCGACAGUUUUAGUGAAGUGACAUUCUAAGCCCAUGCCGACAAUUUUAGUGAAGUGACAUUGUACGCCCAUGCUGUCAGUAUUAGUUAAGUGACAUUGUAACCCCGUCAUGACAUUGUUAUUUAAGCAAUGAUUCAAACUAUCCCAACAAUUUUAUCUUCUCAUAAUAUUCAAACUUUUCUUAAUAUUGAUGUUAAAUUUUUGAAUGAUUAAAUCUGUAAGGUUCACAUCUGAUGGAUAUUUGAGUCAACUGUUGAUACUAUGUUAUUCAUUCUCAUCUUGUGACACUGUUUGCACUGCUAUAUUUGGCCACCUUUCUUCACAAUAAAUGCUACACAUUUUUUUUGUUGUUAAACUACAAUGAAAU